AAUAGGUGUAUAAAAGGAGAUUGUAGUUACACAUUGAAACAAAUUCGACUGAGUUUAAAAAACAGGAAAAUGAUUGUUUUGGCAAUAACUUUGUGUUUGCUUGUAAUCUCUGCACAGGGACAAAUUCCUGUUGAGAAAUGUCCAGAUGUUAAAGGAGUUGCAAAUUUCGAUGGAGCUGCAUAUUUGGGUGACUGGUACGAACAAGCAAGAUACCCAACUGCACUGGAAGAUCAGGGAAGAUGUGUUGUUACCAAUAUUGCAGUAGACUCCGAUGGAAAUGUAAAAAGUCGUACCCAAUAUAUUAAUUCAGAAACAAACGAAACACAUGUUCUUGAAGGAGAAGGUACAUCAAAUUCAACCACAGGGGAAGCCAAAUUCUUAGUACAUUUUCUGAAUCCAGAUGUAACUGUACCUUUCUGGAUUCUUGGUACAGACUAUAAAAGAUAUUCUGUAGGUUUCUCCUGCUUCGAACGAGACGGUGUUACUCUAGAGAGUCUUUUCCUGACAACAAGACAUCAAUAUGCAUCACCAGACGAUGUAGAUGCUAUUAUCCAAGUUCUAGAAGACAACAAUAUUUCUCGAAAACCAAUAAUCGUGACUGAUCAAGAAGGCUGUGAAUAUGAUUAAAAUAAAAUAUAUUAGAUAUAUGAUUUUUCUAUGUACAAGUUAUAAUAAAUUUCUAUGUAAAUGAAUG